GUACUAUGCGUCAUGCUCCAUUGGUGUAAAUAAUCUCGUUAGAUAUAGAUGUGAGCGUACAUGUAGUUGGUUUGGACUUACUUUUUUCAGCAACUCCCAUUCCUUGUGUGUUGCUUCGUUCUCAAAUUACCCUUUCUGUGCGUCAUUGACGACAUCAUCAUGUUUGGACUCAGGACCGCGUUGCUUCUUUUGGUGGCUAUCAACGUCUUGGUGAAUGGAUACCAGGAUGAUGGCUACCUGGAUGGCGAGUUGGAAGUCCUCCUCAAGCGCCUUCUGGAGGGUCUUGAAGAAGAAGAACGAGGCUAUGAACUGAAGAACUUGUUUGAAAGAGAGAGUAUGUCAGGAAUGGAAGUUGAUGAAGAGGUUUCCACAAUCUAUAACGAUAUGAAGCUUAGAAAAACCUUGAAGUGGAUUACCUUUAAAUUAGAGAAUAAGAAGAAAAUCAUCAAGGAUCAAAGUGCUGAACCAAAUGACAAUUAUGGCGAUAAAACGCAGUUCGAUGAGAUGAAGGCCAAACUGACUUCUGAACCACGAUAUAUUCUCUAUGACUUCAAAUUCGACUCAAAGGAAGGUCGCAAGAUAAACAAGAUUGCUUUCAUUUUUUGGUGUGAUGAUGACAAUGCUAAAAUCGGAGACAAGAUGAUCUACGCAUCAUCCAAAGACACCAUAAAGAAGGCGUUUACUGGCCUUGGUUUGGAGUUCCAAGCUAACACUAUGGCCCAGUUAGACUACGAAACAUUCAGGGCCGAGGUUGAGAAAAAGGCUUAAAAUCAUUACCCAGAACCCGAUUUGAUAAGAUUAGAUACGCGUUAGAAAACCGUUCGAAGUUUUAGUCAUUGUCAAAGUUUGAGAAACGAAAAAUGAAAGAUGCUAGUAGUUUUUCUCUGUGCGCGUGAGUGUAUUACGUUAACAAUAUUUGUUGAUAAUAAGGCCCGGAUGACGACAUGGACAACUGUUUGGACAGCAGCUGUAUUGCUCCACACCAAUAAUCAAUCAAAUUCGACAUCAGGGUGGGUGUAAUGUGGGCGGAGCUUCAAUGAUAGGCCACACAUUCCUACAUAGCUGUACUCCAGAGGUGCAGUGUAAUUCGAUUCCAUUAUCGUCACAAGUUUAUAUGAAUUAUUCAUUUUGAUAUCAUUAUCCUUACAAGGUUAAAUGAAUUAUUCAUCUGAUAUCAUUACCAUCACAAGGUUAAAUGAAUUUUUUAUUUGAUAUCAUUAUCGUCACAAGGUUAAAUUAAUUACUUUCGAUAUCAUUACUACUACAGAAUACUUGAGUGGACUUGACAUUGCUUUGUUGUGAAUUGCUAUAAUUAUAGGUUGGUUGUGGUCUUUUAUUUAAUCAAGGUUGGUGAAGGUUCUUUUUUAUUCGCGACUAAAUCAUCUCUCAUUCUCUUUACUUUGCUAAUAUAUUCCUUUAAGCUUUGAUUAUAAAUCAAGUCAGUAGUAUCGGAAAUGAAGUUUCUUGGUUCGCAGAUAUAAAGUUUACGUGUAUGUUUCCAAGCAUACACAUCUGACUUUUGUUACUUGUUAUUCUGAAUAUAUUUUCUAGCUGAUUGAAAUAAUAUGCCGCAUGGCUAAUACCAUAAUACCCAUCUUCGUCAAACUCGAAUCUUAAAAGUAAUGUUUCAGUUCCAAUGUUUUAUUUAAAGCGGCUUAUCGUGUUUCUAUGUUUUGAUGGCUUCUGUUAUAAUUGUCUUUUUAUUACGGUUACGGCUGUUCAGUCUACAAGUUUUAUUAGUUGAGAGAAUAAAUAAUGAUUACUGCAUAAACAAGAGUGUGUAUACUUAAACAAAAA